AUGCUUUGCGAACCAACAUCAAGCUAUAUUUGCAAUUUUGAAGCAUAUUCAGACGUGAGGAACAAAUUACAAGAUAUAAUUUUAUCAAUUCUAUUUUCACUUGUGAGAUUGUGUCAUCAUAUUGUUACAAUAGUGUAAAUACAGUCGAAUUACUCCUAUAGAAGAAUACGAGAAUUUGUGGAACAAUAAGAUUAAAUAG